UUUUAUAACUACUUAUUUCUUUUAGAUAGUCAUUUUAAAUAAGAUGUCUUAACAUUAACCUUAUUUGAUUUAAAAAUUAAUUUCAAGCCUUGUUUUUUCCGUUUUAUCCAAAAAAGGUAAGCAUUGCAUCUAAAGUGUAAUUUUAAUUCGUCCUGUAAAAAACUAACAAUAUCUAAAUUUAUAGUAUACAUUAUUAAACGUGUUUUUAUUUUUUUUAUUUACUUUUUAUUUUUUUUUGAUUUAUAACAAAAUGCUGUUAAAACAUUUAGUUUUCGUCAUUACAGGCGCUAAUCGUGGUUUUGGCAAAAUAAUAGCUGAAACGAUUGCAUCUAGUAUAAAGGGUACAAAAACGAGUCUUAUUUUAGUAGGUCGAGAUCUAUCUCAACUUGAAAAAAUUCAAUUGAGUAAUGACACCGUUUCUUGUCAUUACAUUGCCGAAGCCAACUUGGAAGGAGCUAAAAAAGCUGAGGAUACAGUGAUAAAUAAACUUAACUCUAUGAUUAAGGAAUGGAAAGAUAGGGAUAUUGCGCCAAUCACAGAAGCUAUACUUAUAAAUAAUGCAGGAUCAACUGGUGAUUUAUCCAAAAAAGUAGGAGAUUAUACUGCAUCUGAAAUUGAGGAUUAUGUAAACUUAAAUAUUACUUCGUAUAUCUCUUUAGUAAACGGGUUUAUUGGAUUAUUUAACACGGGCCUAAUUAAAGUAAAGAUUGUUAAUAUAUCAUCAUUGCUUGCCGUUCAAGCCUUUCCUAAUUGGGGCCUUUACGCCUCGGGUAAAUCUGCUCGUGAUAUGCUAUUAAAAGUAAUAGCCAAGGAAGAGGUAUUUUUUUUUAAGAAAAAAGAAAAAAAGAGCGCAUCAUUCUUUGUACUUAUGACAUAA